GACAUUUGCAAAAGCCCUUUUUCCUGCCACUAUUACGUUUUGCAUUCAAGUUACAGCAAGAACAUCGUAAAAGAAUCCAUACGAAAGCCAACAGCAAACCAACACCAAUCCCCACGCACAUAUACAAAUUGAACAUGACGCAACCUGUCGAAAUCACGCCAGCACCCCUCCCCGCUACCAAAGGCCGCAAGAUCCUUUAUUGUCUCGACGACACUGAAGCAGAUUACAACCAUCUCGAAUGGGUCCUCAAGCACUAUCUGCACUCCAAUGAUGAACUUACAGCCGUCAAUGUCCGGCAUACCCCAAUGCCAACGGGCCGAUCUCUUGACGCAUGGGCCGAAUAUAAACACGCCGAAAAAGAUAAAGCAUACAAAGAUAUUCAAGUUAAACUUCAACAAGUGUGUAGUAAGGCUGGCAAGAGUUUUCCGUUGACAGUCAUUGUUGAAUGCGAGGAAAAAGCUGGCAAGUAUUUGGUCAACUUGGCCAAUGAUACCAAACCGGAUGUCAUUUUAGUUGGGAGUUUGGAGAGGAAGGGGAUUAUUUCCAGGUUGUUUCAUACGGGGGUGGGACACUAUGUCGCGAAACAUGCUUCAAUGCCCGUCGUGGCCGUCAAGGAUUUGGAGGAUGGGAAUCUCGACGAUGUCCCGGCACACGCUGCUCCUGCUGCCGUGAACGAUUCCACGGGUGCAUGGGCUGCUACCGGUUUACCGGCUCCGAUCGGAGGCAAGCGUGAUCUGACAGCGGAGACGCACCAGCCGACUGUGGCUCAUGAGACACACGCCUCGGGAAAAGCCCCUGCUGCUCCUACCCCUGCCGAUCCACCUGUAGUGCCUCCUUUGCCAAAUGCAAAGAUUGCAUUGUAAUCUAUUGUUGUAAAAUUGAAAUGGCCUAUCAGGUUUUUGUAGUAUGAGAUAUAGUCUUUUGUAAUUUUGCAGUUUAGGUACACAUGUUCUAUUAUAAUAAAUUUGUACAGUGAAUUAGUGAGGA